CUAAAAUUUAAGAACAAAUGGAAAAGUUUCAAUGAUGACUUGGACACAAAAAUGCAUGUGGUAGACGAUAGUAUAAAUCUGUUAGAUUGGAUAGAGGAGAUAAGAUAUAUUACUUUUUCUCAAUUGCUUCAAACUGGCGAGUUGGACAGUAGUUUUGUCACACAGUUUUUCCAAGAAAAUGAUGAUAAGGAACAACAAUUAAAAUCAAGAAUAGAAAAAAUAUUUGGAGCUAAUAGUGUUCUUCAAAUAAAAGUUGAUCUAAUAGUACAUCGAAACAAAUUAUGGUACCAAGAAAAACUUAAUGUAGAAUCUGAGAGUGAAAACGAAAAUAAAAAAGAAGAAUUAAAGGAGGUAGACGAGAUUAUGAAUGAAAUGGGGAUAAUUGAUAAUGAUAAAAAUAGUAUAAGUAAAUUAUCCAUUAGCACUGCAAACAAACGAAGCAAAAAACAAAAGAAAAAGCAAAAUAAAAACAAAAAGAGAAUGGAAUCCACUUCUGGGAAUAAAAUUGAAAAGACUAGGCAAAAUAUUGCAGAUGAGGAUUAUAACAAUGACAAAAAUGUACAACUAAAUAAUGAAAUAUGUGAAAAUUCUGAAUUUUAUAAAAAUUUUAAUGAAGAUAACGUUGAAAAUGAUGAGGAUAAUGAAGGUUGGGUGCUGAAUAAAAACGAUGAAAAGAAACUGAGAAAGGAAGAGAGGAAGAAGAUGGAAGAGGAGGAAAAGUUAAAACGGAAUAAAAAAUUGAAGGGAAAGGAUAUUGUGGAUAAAACUUCAUUUUCAUUUAAUAAUAUUAAGAAAAUGAACUAUAAAGAAUAUUAUGAUGCCGAAAUGAAGAAGAAGAAUAUUUUGAAUAAUGAAAGUAUAAUUAACAAUAAAAUAAAAAUAAAUGAGGAUUUGGAAAAAAUAGACAACUCAAAGGAAAUUAAAGAUGAAAAACUUUUUGUAAAUCCAGCAAUCAGUUUCAAGGCAAUUCUUGAUAAAAAGGAUUCGAGAAAUGAAUUGAGUGAGAUUAAUGAAUUGAAGGAGGAAAAUGAAGAAAGCAAGUGCGAAAUGGAAGAUAAAGUUAAAAAUGCUGAAAAAGAUGACAAAACUCUUGUUUCUUCAAACAAAAUCGCCAAUUCCUCAAAAUUUUCUCCUUUUACUCCAAUUAACUAUUUAGAGAAGGAUGCAUUAGAUGAAAGAUACAUGAGAUUUAUUUCAAGCAAUGAAGAUCAUAGAAAGCUUAUUCCUUCUUUGGACCUAGGAGUUAUUGUUAAUGAACUUAAUAAACGUUUUAAACAUUUUCAAAAAAUUAGAAUGAAGAAUAACUGUCAGGAUAAUAAUGUUAAUUUGACUUUUGGAGAAUUUCAAGGUACUGAUUUAAUAUCCGCAGAAAAUGUUCCCUUCUCAAAUUCAUUUAGAAUAAAUUUUACAUUAAAGCUUUUAACCCUUUAUUUUAAUUGGUGA